AUGGAGAGAAUUUUCUUGCAAAAACCAGGAUUUGAUUUCUUUUCAAAAUGUGGUGCCUGUCUCAAUUCUUCAUCCUCUCCAGAUUCUUCUGGUAAAGGAAAAAGUAAAUCUUCCACUAAGAAAUUGUCCCAUGGCUUCCACUUGGUCGAGGGCAAGUCUGGUCAUGACAUGGAAGACUACCAUGUUGCUGAAUACAGGAAAAAGAAGAAUCACGAGCUUGGCUUAUUUGCCAUCUUCGAUGGCCAUCUUGGCGAUCGUGUCCCUACUUAUCUGAAAGACAACCUUUUCAACAACAUACUUGACGAGCCCAAUUUCUGGAAAGAUCCCCCCGCUGCCAUUAAGAAUGCUUAUCGCUCCACCGAUAACCUUAUUUUGGAGAACUCAAUGCAAUUAGGCCCCGGUGGCUCCACCGCUGUCACUGCAAUUGUUAUCGAUGGCAAAGACCUAUGGAUUGCAAAUGUUGGUGACUCUCGAGCUGUUGUUUGUGAAGGAGGCUGUGCCAAUCAGCUUACAGUGGACCAUGAACCACACAUAGAAAGAAAAAGGAUCGAGAAGCAGGGUGGCUUUGUCACAACCCUUCCUGGAGAUGUACCUAGGGUUAAUGGCCAACUUGCAGUUGCACGAGCUUUUGGGGAUCAUAGCCUUAAAGCACAUUUAAGUUCAGAGCCUGAUGUAAGACAUGUGCCUAUAGAACCAACUAUGGACUUUGUUAUCUUAGCAAGUGAUGGAUUGUGGAAGGUCAUGAAGAAUCAGGAGGCAGUCGAUUUAGUGAAAUCAAUUAAAGAUCCUAAAGCAGCAGCAAAGCGCUUGACAUCUGAGGCACUGGCAAGAAAGAGUAAAGAUGAUAUAUCAUGCAUUGGGGUGUCUAUAGAGAUUAUUGAUGGGCGGCGGGGUGCCGUUAAUGGGGUCAGUUCUUUCGCUUGA